UCACGUGACUAAGCGUGUCGCUUUCUCUAGGCGUCAAUGGCCAUUCAUUAAAGAUAUACUCAUUGCGUAAUAUUUUAGUGUUUUGGUAAACGUUUAACUUUGACGUCAUAUAUAACUCGCACAGCGGUUUAAUGUUAUUAUAUUUAAUAAUAUUGUUAAAGCCCACGGUCCGCCCGUGAAGUUGGUGUGAGGGUCCCCACGGAGAUUCUUAUAGGAGGCACAAUAAUAAAAACUCUUUACAAAAGUCUGGACCCCGGUUCAGGUGCGCCGCGUCCGGCUGGGAACAGAACACCUUCGGAGGCCUGCGCCACCUGAAGAGGCCUGGAAGCCGCGGCCUUUCCUGCACGGGCACCCCUCAGAGCCGCGGGCACUCCUGCUGCACAGAGCCGAUGGCUGAGCCGGAACUGGAGCAAAUCCGCCUAAAGAGCGUCCGGGAGGAGACGUUUCUGCCGGUACCGGAGGAGGACAGACUUGGAAGGUGCCGAAGCGUGAAGGAGUUUGAGAAAUUGAAUCGCAUCGGAGAGGGGACGUACGGUAUAGUAUAUCGAGCCAGAGACACGAGAAACAAUGAAAUUGUUGCCCUGAAGAAGGUGAGAAUGGACAAAGAGAAGGAUGGCAUCCCGAUCAGCAGCCUGAGGGAGAUCACGCUGCUCCUAAAACUUCGACACCCCAACAUAGUGGAGUUGAAGGAGGUGGUUGUUGGGAAUCACCUUGAAAGCAUAUUCCUGGUCAUGGGUUAUUGUGAACAGGAUCUGGCAAGUCUUCUGGAAAAUAUGCAAACGCCAUUUUCCGAAGCCCAGGUGAAAUGUAUCUGCUUUCAGCUUCUCACAGGACUUCAGUACCUCCAUGAGAACUUCAUAGUGCACAGAGACCUAAAGGUGUCAAACCUGCUCAUGACCGACAAAGGGUGUGUGAAGAUCGCUGACUUUGGCCUUGCCCGUGCGUUUAGCGUUCCUCCGAAGCAGAUGACUCCUAAAGUGGUGACGCUUUGGUAUCGUGCCCCAGAGCUGCUGCUGGGAACCACAACACAGACAACAGCCAUAGACACGUGGGCGGUGGGCUGUAUCCUGGCUGAGCUUCUGGCACACAAGCCGUUACUACCCGGCACAUCCGAAAUCCAGCAGAUCGAUCUCAUCAUACAGCUGCUAGGAACUCCGAAUGAAACCAUCUGGCCUGGCUUCUCCAAGCUGCCCCUGGUGGGUCAGUACACAGUGCGCAAGCAGCCAUACAAUAACCUGAAACACAAGUUUCCUUGGCUCUCUGAAGCUGGCCUGCGGCUCCUCAACUUUCUCUUCAUGUAUGAUCCCAAAAAGAGGGCAACAGCUGAGGACAGCCUGGCAAGUUCAUAUUUCAAGGAAAAGCCUUUGCCCUGUGAGCCCCAGCUGAUGCCAACGUUUCCACACCACCGCAACAAGAGGGUGAGCAGCGGAGGGUCUGAAAACCUGAGCAAGCGCUGCAAGCAAUGAUUUCUUGUGGAUUUCUGUCAACGUGCAGAUCGUUUUGUGGACAAUGAACUUAUAGGGACAACGGUAUUUACUGAUGCAGCCCCUUGUUUGCAUUCUACUACAGAUGACUGUAAUAGAUUUCCUUGUUGUGGGGUUGGCGGGGCUGCCUGCCAGAUGAGUGUCCACUCUUUGCGUAAGACAAGCAAGGUUACAAGGAAAGAGUACGAGUUGGAAGUGGAAGAUAGUGCUGCUGCUGGACAGUACACUCAAGCAAUCUCUCACUUUUGAGAUUGGAGGAAAACAUUGACUGAUAUCCUACUCCAGCACCAUCACUCACUAGUGCUGCAGGGCAAACGACAGACAUGUCUUCAUUGUGACGGCUAUUUAUUUUUGUGUAUGGAUAUGAUUUUAAAUACCACUGCUUUUUCAUCACUUUAUCCUAAGAACAAUAUAAUUUAAGGAAGCCAACCAAGUACAUGCCUUAUUCUCUUGCUCUCUUUAAUCGCUGGUAGAGAAAGUACAACGUAAAAUACAAUGUAAUAAUGUACUUGUUCGCUUAUUGAAUUAAAAUCUACCUUUGCAAUGAAUUAAGCAAAUAUCAGAACCUCUCGACAAAUUGAAUGUUUUACGGAAACCGCACAUCUUUAAUUCCAGUUUCUAUUGACUUUGGAUUAAAGGAGUCAAAAGA